GUGUGCACGGCCUUCCCCGCCGAGGACGCCCGGUACGGGCACGUCAAAAUGCACCACGGCUACACCAACGUGCUGGGCCUCGGGGACUCGAGCACCUGGAGGCUGCCUUGCCUCAACCGCUACGUCUACAUGUUCCUCGCUCCUCUCCUGAUCCCCGUCAUCACGCCCCUGGUGGCGGUCGAGCGGCUGAGGAAGGUGAGGCUCGGGGCAGCUCUGCGGGCGCUGGCCCUGAUCUCCCUGGGCCUUUAUUCUCACUACUGGCUGCUCCGGCACGUGUCUGGCUUCCGGAGCCCCGCCUCGGCCCUGGCCUGCAUGCUCUGCACCAGAUCCCUGCUGGCCCACCCCUACCUCCACGUUAACGUCUUCCAGCACAUCGGGCUGCCCAUGUUCUCGCGGGACAAGAAGCCCCGCCGGAUUCACAUGAUGAGCCUGGGGGUGCUUAACCUGCCCCGGCUGCCCGUGCUGGACUGGGCGUUCGGCCACUCCAUCAUCAGCUGCCAUGUGGAGCACCACCUGUUCCCCAAGCUCUCCGACAACAUGUGCCUAAAGGUGAAGCCGGUGGUGUCCCAGUUCCUCCGGGAGAAGCAGCUGCCUUACAACGAAGACACCUACCUCGCUCGCUUCCGGCUGUUUCUCAGUCGCUACGAGGAGCUCCUGGUGCACGCUCCUCCCAUCACUGAGCUGGCAGGGCUGCAGUGA